AGCGGCGGCCACGUAGCGCUGCGGCGGCGGCGGCGGCGGCGGCGGCCGAGGCCGGGUCUGAGGAGCGGCCCGGAGGACAGACGUUGGGCAGGGGGGAGGGGCCGGCCCGGCCGGCGGUUGUUACUCGAGCGCCGCGGCUACAGGCCCCCCGCCGCAGGGAUGGACCGCCGAGGCGGCGGUCGAGGCGGCGGAGGCGGAGGCGGCCGGCCCGGAUAAGAUGCUCCAAGUCCCUUGCAGUUCUCUUCAGAAGAAAAAUCACUAGUGCUCUGCUCUUGCCAUAAUACCAAACCUUUUUGACUUAUACUUUGGUGCUGCAACACUGGAAGAAUUGCACACAGGUUCCAGGAAUAACUUUUUCCUUAAAUUUUAUUUGAGUGAUUCCCUGUGGAUGGGAAAAAAUUUGAGUCUUAAUAAUUAUCUUGUUUUAAAGCUAUUUCUCUAUAGUCUGAACUGCUUAAUAAAGUGGGCCACUUACCAAUGAGCCACACAGCCAGUUCUUGUCAAGAGCUGGUUGAAAGCUGUGCUGUGCAUGUAGCAGGGAUGGCACAAGAAGAUAGCCGUCGUGGCCAAGUGCCAUCUACGUUUUAUCAUGGUGCCAACCAAGAACUUGACCUGUCCACCAAAGUGUACAAAAGGGAAUCAGGAAGUCCUUAUUCUGUGUUAGUGGACACCAAGAUGAGCAAACCGCAUCUCCAUGAAACAGAGGAAGAGCCAUAUUUCAGGGAGACGAGAGCAGUGUCUGACGUGCAUGCUGUCAAAGAAGACCGGGAGAAUUCUGAUGACACGGAAGAGGAGGAAGAAGAGGAAGAAGUCUCUUACAAAAGGGAGCAGAUCAUAGUGGAGGUAAACCUUAAUAAUCAAACAUUAAAUGUAUCUAAAGGGGAAAAGGGUGUCUCUUCACAGUCCAAAGAGACUCCUGUUCUUAAGACAAGCAGUGAGGAGGAAGAGGAAGAAAGUGAGGAAGAGGCCACAGAUGACAGCAAUGACUAUGGAGAGAAUGAAAAGCAGAAGAAAAAGGAGAAGAUAGUGGAGAAAGUCAGCGUUACACAAAGGAGAACAAGGAGAGCUGCCUCUGUUGCUGCAGCUACCACUUCCCCUACUCCCAGAACUACAAGAGGUCGUAGGAAGAGUGUAGAGCCACCUAAGCGUAAGAAGCGGGCCACAAAGGAGCCCAAAGCACCAGUCCAGAAAGCUAAGUGUGAAGAGAAAGAGACUCUGACCUGUGAGAAGUGCCCCAGGGUAUUUAACACUCGCUGGUACCUGGAGAAGCACAUGAACGUUACUCAUAGGCGCAUGCAGAUUUGUGAUAAGUGUGGCAAGAAGUUUGUCCUGGAAAGUGAGCUGUCCCUUCACCAGCAAACAGACUGUGAAAAAAACAUUCAGUGUGUUUCCUGUAACAAAUCGUUCAAGAAACUCUGGUCCCUUCAUGAACAUAUCAAGAUUGUCCAUGGAUAUGCAGAAAAGAAGUUUUCCUGUGAAAUUUGUGAGAAGAAAUUCUAUACCAUGGCUCAUGUGCGGAAACACAUGGUUGCACACACAAAAGACAUGCCAUUUACAUGUGAAACCUGUGGAAAAUCAUUCAAACGCAGUAUGUCACUCAAGGUGCACUCCUUGCAGCAUUCUGGAGAGAAGCCCUUCAGAUGUGAGAACUGUGACGAAAGGUUUCAGUACAAGUACCAGCUGCGCUCCCACAUGAGCAUCCACAUCGGGCACAAGCAGUUCAUGUGCCAGUGGUGUGGCAAGGACUUCAACAUGAAGCAGUACUUCGACGAGCACAUGAAAACACACACUGGAGAGAAACCCUUUAUCUGUGAAAUCUGUGGCAAAAGCUUCACCAGCCGCCCCAACAUGAAGAGGCACCGCAGAACUCACACAGGCGAGAAGCCCUAUCCAUGUGAUGUGUGUGGCCAGCGGUUCCGCUUCUCUAACAUGCUUAAGGCCCACAAGGAGAAGUGCUUUCGAGUGACCAGCCCCGUGAACGUGCCGCCUGCUGUCCAGAUCCCACUCACCACUUCCCCGGCCGCCCCGGUUCCUUCCGUGGUGAACACGCCCACGACCCCAGCCCCUCCGAUCAGUAUGAACCCCGUAAGCACUCUCCCCCCUCGGCCCAUCCCCCACCCCUUCUCGCACCUGCACAUCCACCCGCACCCGCACCCGCACCAUCCGCACCACCUCCCCAUCCCUCCGGUCCCCCACCUGCCCCCACCGCCGGCUCUCUUCAAGAGUGAGCCUUUAAAUCAUAGAGGCCAGAGUGAGGACAGCUUUCUGCGGCACCUGGCCGAGAAGAACAGUUCGGCACAGCAUCAUUAACAUCCGGCUCCAUACGUGUGUUCUCCGGGAGCUGCGUUCCCACGUGUGCGUUGGCAGAGGGAGUCGGUGAGCAUUUCUGUAAGUUCUCAGACUCUCCAGGAGCUUUGUCAUUGUCUUGGAGAAUCAACAGGUCCAAGGGAAUGAACAAGACGACUGCCUUGAGCUCAUGGCGGGAACUGUCUUCUAAAGCAGGGGAACCACCGAACUCAAGCCCGAUUUGCUCGCAUUUUCUGGUGACUUUUAUAAGUUUCAAAUACUCAGACUUGUGGAAUUUUAUAAUUUCAUAUCAGCUGAUGAGGUAUGCUUGCUUUUAUAUCCUGGACUUCUCCUCAAAGAGGGGAUAGGCCUGGUUUCCUUUGUACUAAUCGGGAAGGCUGUGAGAUUAAUCCAGAGCAUUAAUUGUAUCACUGUGUAUGGUAAGGAAUUCUUUUCAGCUUUUGGUGCUGGCUACAGAGUCGAGCUGGCUAUGUUUCACAGUAUAUCAAGCAUUAUAGAGAAAGAUGGAAAUUUUCUUCUUUGUGUAGCUCUCCUAACGCACUCUUUAUUUUACUACAGAAAUUAUUUUAGAGUUUUUGUAUAGACUUCUUUAGUAGUCUGUUUCUAAAAUGAUAUGUAUUUCAAUAAGCGGUGUAAUUUUUUCAGUGUAGCUGAACCUAUGUUGUAAAAUAGAAAAAAAUUUUAUAAUCAUCAAAAUGUGAUUCUUAAAGAUGCAUAUAACUUCUAUAAUUCAGAGUUAUUCUUACAUCCGUACAACUCAAAGGUGCUUCAGAGAUUAGAUGUGUCUGAGAGGGUCUCCAGACCAGGUUACUGCAAAAAUGAGGUUUUGCUUUCAGAACUUGGCAUAAGUACUUGGUAGUUUUUAAAUCUCUGCUUCACACUCAAAUAUCUGUGAGACUCACUGACAUGCUCCUGUCCUCCGUGUUCCAUUUGGCUCAGCUGCUGCAUUAAAGAAAAUGAUUUGCAGGGGCUUGGGCCUUUUCCAGGGAAGUCACCUAAAGCUUGCAUGUUUUGAAAAUUUGAGGAAGCCUGUUCUCUGCCAAGAGGAGGAAGUAGUGGAGAUUGUUUCAUCUCAGUCGUGUCUGUUUGUCACUUCCCUUAGGAACUGGUUCAUGUUUUACUUUUAUGGGAUGACAAAUUGAAAUCCCUCAAUUUGAGGUUGCUUCAUUUUUCUAGAAUUGUUAUGAGAAGAUAAAAUGUAAACUAAAAUCACAAACAGGAUGUUGCUGAUAGUGGUUGAGAAAUUUGAGUGAGAAGACAAAUUGGUUAUGAAUUUUAAAAUGUCUGUUAUAUAUAAAAUAUGGAUAUGUCCACAACUUUGAGCUAUUUUAAAACAGUUUAAAUUGUACUGAGGGAAAGCUCCUAAGUUUUGCUGCCCUGUCUUCUGCAAAUAAUUACAUGAUACCAGCAUUCUUAGGUGAUAAAGAGAGUAGCACUUCUAAUACCUUUAGGCAGGUUACUUUUUCAAGUUUGGGAAACUUCAAAAGAGCAUGGAGAACCAGGAGCUAGACAGAAGGGCUAAUGUAUUGAGUAUGUUCAACUGAUCCAAUUUAUCUAGACUCUUUAAAGCUUAAAAUUUUGUAUUUCUUUAUCUCCGAGAACUGAGUUCCCAGGCUAGGUCAUUCCCCUACCUUUUUUUUGUUUUUGUUUUUGUUUUAAGAGAUGAGGUCUCACUAUGUUGCCCAAGGUGGAGUGCAGUGGCUAUUCACAGGUGCAAUCAUAGCUCACUGCAGCCUCGAACUCCUGGGCUCAAGCGAUCCUCCUGCCUCAGCCUCCUAAGUAGCGGGGACUACAGGCACAAGCCCCUGCGCCCAGUCCUUUUUUUAAUCUUGAAAUCUCUUCAUUUUUCUUUCCUCAGGCUCUUAAAUCAUUGCCUGAAUCAGAACCCUGGCUUUUUAUUUAUUUUUUAUUUUUAAUAUUAAAUGUGCAGAUAUGCUUCAAGCACUUUUCUAGCUGAUUAACUCUGUGGUAGGAAAAAAUGGAACUCCUUCAAUUGCUGUUAAGUCUCUAUUUUUAAAAUAUCACAUUCUCUAUUAGCUUUUUGGUUUAAUGUUUUUAACUUUUCUCCUUCCGAUUUUGCCCGUCUUUUGUAAUGAGCAUAGGAAAAUUUUGGAAUGAGGCAGAAAAGUAUCUCAAGACGUAUUUUUCUUCCUGUUUUUGGAUGUAAGUUUUAAAGAAUGGUAUUUUUAAUAUUUGUAUACAUUCUUUGAGCACCCAGAUACCCAAGCCAAUAAGGAAAGCUAAUUCCUUGCUUAUGACUGUUAUAUCUUUAGUGGUUGUCUCCCCUAACCUCCACAAUCUCCUUAGCAUUCCAGAACAAGUUUGUAAAUCUACACUUUUAUAUAGACAUAUCAUUAUUUCAUGGUCAAGCCUGUAGUACUAAAAUGAUUUUUUUUAAAAGAUGUAAAUUGUAGCUUAAUUGGUUACACCUUAUUUUACUCUAAAUAAAUUGACAGCAUUGGGCAGCAAUUCUGAAUUCUAGACUUCAGACCAUUGAAUCAGCCAUUUCAUGAGGUGUACUGUAAUUAUACACUGGAAAAUUCAGGUAGUCAUCUUUAAUUUUUUUCAAGUAAAUAUAGCCAUAAGAAAAUAUCUGCUACACAUAAAAACCAGUAUUAAGCAAAUAUCACCACCAUCCUUAACAGAAGCAGAAAAGGAUUAUUAAAAAAAAAUAACAUUGUCACACAGUACAAUUCUUAGUGAACUGUAUUGUGGAACAAUCUAGAAACUUCUAAAUUUUUUUUUCCUAGAUAAGUAUAUCUUCUCUGACUUGGGAUUUGUGGUCUUUAGGAAAAUUGCUCAGAAUAUAAUGACUCCUUAUCAGUGUCAUAUCACAUAUGAGUAAUGAAAUGCAUUAAGAAUAUUCACAACAUUAAUGCUUCUGAAUAUAAGAACUGCAGGAUUAAGCCUUAAACAUAUUUGUAUCAGGUUUAACAUGCUUAAGACUCAAACUCAGGGUUGAUCAUUUGGUUGGGGUCCUGUACUAAGAAAAAAGUUGCAUUAUGUGGUACGUUCUCUUCCACGUAUGCUGUAGCACCCCCAUGAAUUCUUCAAAACUUAUUACCUACUUGUUAUCUGUUUACGAAAAAAAGAAUUCUGGAGGAGUUUGAGUUCUCAGCCCUUAUCUGUACUUAUAUCUUUUAAAGACAACAGAGGCCACCUUUCAGCAUUAUAUAGAUGUCAAAUUGAGGCUAUUUCUCGUUACUUAAUUUUACUAUCUUCAAAGGCUUGAAUCAUUGCUAGGGUUAAGAUUUAUUUAAGGAAAAUUCCCAAGGACUUUUUUCAGUUGGCAUUGCAUUUUUUUUGUGUAGUUUUUUCGUUUGUUUUUUGUUUUGUUUUCACUUCUAUUUGUGGAUUUAUCAUUCAAAUAUAAACUCUACCUUAGCCUUAAUAAAAGGCUGCUGCUUUCUCAAACUGAGUCAGAUAGGCUCAUACUGACUUAGAUUUUUUAAUUUGAAUGAAGAAAAGAAGAUGAACAAUUUAAAGGCAUGUGGCUUCAUCUCCAAGUAUAUUUGUGAUUUGAUUCUUAUUUUUAGCAAGCAGGGGAGGUCUCCGCAAAAAAACUUACUGAAAGAAACCUUUAGAAAUCAGUUACAUGUACUUUAAUAGUCUACCAUUUACAUUAACUGUUCUAAAUUAAUGACUGAGCGUGUGUACAUUACCACAGUUGUACUACUUUUUAAAAACUAUGUUUGUUGGAAGGACCUCUUUAUUGUGGUUAGAACUUUCCCUAUAAUUUGAUUGUCCUUACUACACUAACCGAAGGCAAAAUGCUCUGAAGAGAUGCUUGUAAACUUUGAAUUUUUUACUUUCUGAAAUUGUUUUCAGUUUUUUGCUUAUUGAAUGGAUAUGUAUGUUUCAUUUUGAUUUCACUAGAAGUUUAAAUUUUGAGAAGGUGAAACAGAAACAGAAAUCCAUUGCAGACAUAUACAUGUUUACCCCAUCUUGCAGAUUUUGGUUAGUAAAACAGAAGGGUAGGUGGGUUUCACUGUUAAAAACAACCUAAAAAACUAAAGUUAGAGAAACCCUUCUGUUUGAGCUACCGUAUAGAAAAGAGAACUUUUAUUGCAUUGCUGAUCCACAUGAUGAAUAUUUCUAUGCUGUUCUAGACUGUAUGGGAAGUAUUUCAUGAAAAAGGGGAUAAGUUACAUUUAAGAAUUUUAUCAGCUAACUACCGUUAAAAAAAAAAUCACCUCAUUUGGAAUUCUUCAGACUAUAAAAUUGAGCAAGUAAAUAUUAGGUUUUAAUUUUCCUUUGCCUAAACCAAGACAGGAAAUUUCCCAAAAGGUCAUGUUUUUUCAGGAAUGAAAGGUCAUAAGCCACUAGAGGUAGUGGCAUUAUUAUGCAAUAACAACACCCUUGCUAACCUGCUCUUGUCAUCUGUAGCGUUUGUAAUAAAUACCGAUGACCUUCCAACCCUGGACACUACCUCGGUGAAGCAAACCAGAGAUCCUCUCUACACUUUGUAUGGAAGCCAUAAAAGUUGCCAUCAAUAGAUCCACUUUCAUAGUUCUAUACUUUUAUACUCUCUAGACUUUUUAUAGACUUUAUGAUCAGAUCUUCUUGUCUUAGAGGAUAGGUUUUGCAAGAUUCAAAGGAAAAUCAAACUCUUAGUUGUCCCAACUAUGAAGCUUUGGCUUCAGUAAAUUUGUGUAAAGAACCGGAUAACUAACUAACAUACUAUUUAUCAAAUUCUUUAUUUAAGUCAAAACUACUUCGCAGAGUUGCAUAUCUGGAAAACAAACUUCUCUUUCUUGUUCCCUAGGUAGAAGAAGGUAUAUUUCGUAAGAAACUACUUAUGAAGUGGCUUUCUUUCUACCUUGUUACUCUGUGUAUUACUAGAUUAUAUAUGUAUUGUCACA